UCGUGAUAAUCGGCCAGUGGAAACAUGAAAUCUUGUAAAACAAUCGUGCUUAUCGCGCCGCGAUUAACGCGACAGAAUAUCAAAAUUUUUUGAUAUUCUGUCGCGUUAAUCGCCCUUAUCGCCAAAAUUGACGUCAUUGGAAUCAAUUUCGAAAGGCAUACCUCGAUCACCAUGACAACGUUCACGUCAAGGAAAGAGUCUUGGCAUGACUGGGAAGUUUCAAGGGGCGAAUCGUUUUUUGCAAUAAAUUAUUUGAAAAACUCUUCUUGCCAAAACUAAAAAACCAAGUAACGUAGCUUGCCAAAAUGGAUUUCGACGGUAUUCAACGAGACGAACAGCUAGCAGAGGCAGUUAGACAGUACCCAUGUCUUUACGACAAAAGAAAGAAGGAUUACAAAGAUAAAAAUGUCGUUGCUAACGCAUGGAGAAAAGUUGCAGAAGCAACAGGGAUGGAGAGCGGAGAGGAAGCAAAGAAGCUUUUCGAUAAUUUAAAGAAGAGGUACAGCAAGAAAAGGAACGAAAUGAGGAAGGUUGAGAGGUCUGGCACAUCGACCAGUGCAGUUGCUGUAGCGAAGGAGAAGCUGGACCAAUAUAAAUUUUUGGUAUGGCUUCAACCUUUUAUACAGGCCAGAAGUUCAAAAACAAACUUGCCCCCUAGAAAUGUGGCUUCAUUUCCGAAAUCUCCAGCCACUCCGAGUGAAGCCAGUGAAAUUUUUGAGGAAGGGACUGCUGAAACGUUCGGCGGUGACGACGAUGACAACGACGAUUAUGAUGAUGAUAAUGGUAAUGAAAUUUCAGAGGAAGGGCAAAACAUUGAUGAGACGUCCGUUUCUGAACCGCUUGGUGAAGAAGUAAACAACGACUUUCCUGCCAGAACUCCAGCUAAAAAAUUCAAAUCCAGGAAGUGUGAGAUAUCUGCUGUAACAGGCAAAACAAAAUGGCAGAAAAAAGGGAUGGACAUUGAGAACAUGGAGCUGCAGUUCCUUGAGACCGUCCGAAAAGCAGUUGAAGAGCCUAGGACAGAAGCCCAAAGUACAGUCAAUGACUCAAACUACCAUUUUGCAAUGAUGGUGUACUCAGAAAUUAAUAAAUUCACCCCCCGAAAUCAGUAUAUUGCUCGACAUCAAAUACAAAAUAUUAUAUUUGAUAUACAAAUGCAAGAGCAGCAACAGAAAUCGUUCAUGCUCCAACCAGCAUGGAAUGCACCUCCACCCGAUCAGCCUGUUGUAUCAGCACUUGGAAAUACAAGUGAGAGAAAUCGGAACGUUGCUAUAGAGCCAAAUCAGAACAUGUUUUUUACUCAAUAGGAAUUACUUUUAAAAAAAAUUAUUUGCUCAGUUAUAAAAUUUUGCUCAUUAAUAAAAUGUCAAAAAAUCAAUUAUAAGAACAUGUUAUGCGAGUUUAUUUGUCACCAGUUCUUUGAAUGUAAGCUAAUUGCCAUGGUACAGAGCCAGCUUCGCUGCACAAAUAUUGCUUCAAAGCAUUCCUUAUGGCUGUUGCAUUUGCAGUAUGGCGGGAGCCUCUAACUCUUUGAAUGUUUUGC